AUGCUCGCGUCACCUGAAGCUACCGAAGAGGAGCGGCACGCCGCGGCGCACGCAUUGCAACUGUUGGUGUGCCGCGAAGGGAAGGAAAACCUGGAGUGCCCAGGCGCCAUCCUCGACACGCCUGAGCCGGCCGCGGCAGCCUCGGCUGCGCGGCUGCUUGCAGGGGCCGGGUGCAUCGGGGCGUCGCCAGCCCUGCGGGUGCUUGAGGUCCUGGCGGGCGACCCCGCCUCGCAAGCGGCAGCCGUGGGGGCGCUGGAGGCGGAGGUGGGCCGCGGCUCGCGGGUGCUCGAGACUCUGGCUUGGGCGCAAGGUGGCUUGCCCUUAGAAGCACACGGGAAAAGCGCCAAUCAAGAGGAGCGCUGUGAAGGCGGCGCCAGCCGCGGCCGCAGCGGCAGCAGCGACACCAGCCGCAGCAGCGCCGGCGACAGCGACGAGCCCGACGGGAGCGAGGACGCCCCGGACCCCCCGACCCGCCGCGCCGCCGCCUGCGUCGCCGCGCUGCUGGCUGAGCACUCUGACUCCGCCCAGCUGUGCGCCGCGCCCGGCCUGCUGCGCGGCCUGUGCGGCCUGCUGCGCCCUGGGCCCAAUGUGGAAGAGCUGCGGGCCUGCGGCGCCGCGGCGGCGGCGUUGGAGCAUCUGGUUCGCCGCGGCUGCGGCGCAGCGGUUGGUCCUUUCCUACGCGGCGAGCGGCCGCAGCUGGCCGAGGCUGAGCCACGGCCUGGGGACUCCUCCGCGCGGCUGCCGUUGUCCGCACCGCAGCCGGCGCUGCUGCAGGGGCAGCAGCAGCAACCGCCGCAGCACCAGCAGCAGCAGCAGCAGCAGCAGCAGCUGGCGCCUGUAGCGACGGCCCGUGCCUGCGCGGCCUGCGGCAAGACUGAGCAGGCGGGCGUCACGAGGCUCCGGCAGUGCGCCGGCUGCCACGCCACCAGGUACUGCAGCACUGAGUGUGCGCGGCAGCACUGGAAGGCCGGCGGACACAGGGCAGAGUGCACCCGGCUGCAGCGAGAGCAGGCGCGGCAAGCGGCAUGCGGCGCGGCGCCAUGCGAUGCCUGUCCUGGGACGCAGGGCCCUGCCGCGACAGCAAAUGGCGUCCAGUAG